AUGGGCUCCGUUGACACUAAAGAACAAAAAUACGACAUUCUCAUUGUCGGAGCUGGUCUCUCUGGUGUCUGUGCACUUUAUAACUUCCGGAAACGCUUUCCAUCUUGGCGUGUAGGAGUUCUAGAAAGAGCCGAUAAUGUUGGCGGCACUUGGUACUGCAACCGCUACCCAGGAGCAAGAGUUGACACCGAAUCCCUGUCAUAUGCAUACUCAUGGGAUAAAGAUCUUUUGAACGAAUGGAGCUGGACAGAAUCCUUCUCGACUCAAGCAGACGUCCUCCGCUAUAUUGAGCACGUCUGCGCCAAGCACAACUUGAACAAGGACAUACAAUUCAACACCCGAGUCAAGACAGGCCGCUGGCAGGACAAGAGCAAUACUUGGCUGUUUUGUGAUGAAAAUGGCACCUUCCACCGAACCCGUUUCUUUGUCAGUUGCAUGGGUUUUCUGUCGACCCCAACCCUUCCUGCUAUACAAGAUAUCGAAAAGUUCGAAGGCGAGGCUUUCCACACCUCCCAGUGGCCGAAGGACUUUGACAUGAGUCGUGGCUUGGCCAAUAAGCGAGUCGGUGUGAUUGGAACGGGAGCAACCGGUAUCCAGACCAUCACUGCGAUUUCAAAGGAACCUGUCAAAUCAUUGAGUGUUUUCCAACGUACUGCCAACUGGUCCGCGCCUCUCCGAAACGAGCCUAUCAGUCCACAGCAAAUGAAUAAGCACCGCAGAGAUUACAAUGAUCUUUUCAGAUUAUGCGCCGAGACACCCUCAUGCUUCAUCCACCAGCCCGACCCACGAAAGUCCCUCGAAGUGUCGGCUGAAGAGCGUUUGUCACUAUGGGAGGAAAUCUACGCAAAGCCCGGUUUCGCCAAAUGGCUUGGUACAUUCAGCGACACUUACAACAACCGCGAAGCCAACAAGCUCUAUUCCGACUUCAUGGCCAGCAAAAUCAGAGCCAGAGUACACGAUCCUGAGGUCGCCAAUAGCCUGAUCCCUCAAAACCAUGGUUUCGGUACCAGACGAGUUCCACUUGAGAGUGGCUACUUUGAAGUGUAUAAUCAGCCUAAUGUCCACCUUGUUGAUCUCCAAAAGACCCCAAUUCAAAGGGUCACAAAGGGCGGCAUUAUCACAUCGGAUGACAAAGAGCAUGAGCUAGACGUCCUGAUUUACGCUACGGGUUUCGAUGCCAUCACCGGUGCAUUCAACUCCAUCGACUGGCAAGGAAAAGACGGACGACCCCUUCUCGGCUCCAGCGAUACCAAGCAAAGCGAGCAAGCAAUUUGGGCUGAUCACCGGCCACGCACAUACUUGGGCAUGACAGCUUGCUCUAUGCCUAACAUGUUCAUGGUUCUGGGUCCACACCAACCCUUCGGAAAUGCCCCACGGACAAUUGAGCAUGCUGUGGAUGUUAUUUCAGAUCUUCUGCAAUAUUGCAAGGACAAUAACUACACUUACGUGGAGCCCACCUCAGAGGCCGUUGAAGCAUGGACCGAUCACGUUAUUGAGUGCAGCAAGGGAUCAUUGGCCAACGAAAUCGACAGCUGGAUGACCGGUGUGAAUAAGAAUGUCAAAGGAAAGACAGUUCGCAGUGUCGCGAGGUAUGCUGGUAGUGCCAUUGAGUAUCGUCGGAGAUGCGCUGAGUCUAAGGCUGCUGGUUGGAAGGGCCUAGCGUUUGCUCAGCUUUCAACUGCUGCUAGGCUUUGA